AUGGGGUAUGCUUUGUGCCACUUCUUGUCACGGCGCCUCCCAUCCCGCCGCAGCAACGUUUUCUUCAGCAUGAAGACAGAUUUUAAGGCUCAGCUGAGCCAUUGCCAGAAACUGUUGGUCCCUGGAAGCAGCUGCCCUGAGAUCUGCAUCCACAGCUUGGGUUUGGCCAUCAACCAUGCCAUCAAUAUUGCACUGCAGCUGGAAGCCACCGGCAGCGGCUCGCUAUACUUGGUGGCAAACACGUCUACUGUGGUGCUUGCUGAUGUUACUGAGCCAGAGGGGGACAGUGAAAAGCCGCUGGUCAGGACCAGGAACAACUCUGCGAUCCACAUCUGA